UUUCAAAGUACUUAACUGGCGCUUUUUCAGUCUUGGAAUUGAAUGAUACUAGCCAGGUAACAAAACUAACCCAGAGGCUUCGCAUGAACAAUAUUACAAGUUAAAAGGGUAUUAAAAAAGCACUUUGGAGGAAAGUAGAGAUUAAAAAAAAAAAAUAAAUAAAAAAAAAAAAAAUAUGAAAAGCCCUUUUACCAAGCCAGAGGCCCCUCUUAUCUGUAAAAUGGAGCGUUGUGAGAAGGUGCUGGAACAGACUUCACCCAAAAAGACUCCAGCGAGCGUCGCCCUCAAACCUCGCCCCCCGGCGUGCGUGAAGGCCUUAACCUUCGACUCCCACGAGAGCCCGGCCACCCGGGACAAGGAGAACCGCGAGGAGUCCCUCUCCUCCAGCCUGCUGGGCUGCGGGGAGCUGGAGGGCGAGGCGGCGGCCCUGGCCCUCAGCAGCUUCCAGGAGGACAGCGGUUACGCCUCCCCCGACCAGACGGGCGGCUCCUCCACCCCUCUGGCCGCUGCCGCCUCCCUGCUCCGGGCCGGCCCGGCGGACCCCAAGCUCCCGGCCCUGCUGUUCCAGCGCGCCGUGUGCCGGGCGCUGCGCGAGGGCUACGAGCGGACGCGGCGGUUCGACUGGACGGUGGCGCACGGCCUGGCGGGGCAGUUCGGCCUGCACAAUGUGAUCGGUGGGAAAAUGGGGCUGGAGCACGUGGACGUGCUGCAGGGCCUCCUGAAGAGGGACAUGAAGCACCUCUUGACCAGGAUCCUGCUCCUCCUGGGAGACGGUGAUCUUGUAAGCUGCAAAAAAGUGAGCAGGACCUGGCGGAAGAUCAUUUCCGGUGACCCGAGGGCACAAAGAAGGUGUAAAGAAGCUGAACAGAGGCUCUGGGAUUCCAGACAGAAUGGGCCCCUUUUGACGCGGGACGUCAACCCCUCCAGGAGUGCAUUCAGCCACGUCCAGCUUUUGGCCUCCAUUCCCAUACAGAAGCCAAGUGGGCAGGACCAGACCUCGUCCCGGAAAAGCCGCUUUCGGGAGUUCCAGGAGAUCGGCUGCACGGUGAGGCAGGACGAGGGCCUGAAGCCGUGCAGGGUGUGCGGGUCCCCGGCGCGGUUCAGCCCGGCCGCGUGCCGGGCUGCGUGCACCCGCCGCAGCUGCGGCUUCGUCUGCUGCACGCUGUGCCAGGCGCAGUACCACGGCUCGUCCGCCUGCCGCCUGGGCGUGUCCCGCAACCCCGGCCAGUCCAAGCCCUGCCUUCUCGUCGGGAGCGCCCAAAGCAAGAGGAACGUCAGGCGCCUUUGAGGCCACAGACUUAGUUUUUUUUUAAGAAAAAGAUUAUGCACUUUUUUUUAUUGGAAAGACAUUUAAAAAAAUAUUUAUUGAAUUUGUAUUUUGACAUUUUUUAGCCGGUGCUCCUCCCGAAACGGGUCCAUUUCAAAUGACCGUCGACUAUCGAGCGUAUGAGCCACUACGCCUGAUUGUCGUGAUCUGACAAUCGUGCUGGAUGCAGAGAGAAGAAGAAGAAGAAAAAAAAAAAAAAAGUCAAGGAAAUGGUUGGGAGUUUGUGAAUAUAAAAUCAUAAAAUGUGAGUUUUAUAAAAGCUGUACAUGUGCGUUCUGUGUUUGUUGAAUUCAGUGAUGUUUGUCACUAAAGUCUUGUCUGUUCUGUCCUUUUCAUUGUGAAAAUGUAAAAAUUUUAAUUGUUUAAACUGGUCUCAAUAAAAAUCCUUCUUUUUUUAUGGAAUCAGA